UGACUUUUACUUUUUAAUUAUCAAUUUUGGACUUGUUAAAAACUGAAUCAGACAAGCACAUCCGCAUGUUGUUCGUCCCCAAGCUAGAAAAGUUGACAAUCAUUUCAGUAAAGUGACCUACAGGCUACAGAUAUAGCAUAUGCACUCUUGUGAGAAACUGAAGAGUCACAUGUGUGUGCCUUCCUUGAGAGAACUUUCUGAGGAGGGAGGUUGGUGAGAAGUCACCAUGGUUUUGCCACCGCCGUGGGUAAUGUGGGUGUUUGUAUUGGUGGUGGUGGUUGGAUUGAUCGGCGGAGAAAUGGGUGGCAGUGUUAAAGCUUCAAAGAGCUGUGGAUUCGACACGAUAUAUAACUUUGGAGACUCAAAUUCAGAUACAGGAGGACGAUCAGCGAUUCUGGGUGAAAUCCCACCACCAAAUGGUGAAACUUUCUUUGGGAAGCCAUCUGGAAGGGCCUGUGAUGGUCGUCUCAUCAUAGAUUUUAUGGCUGAAACAUUGGGAGUGCCCUACUUGAGUGCAUACCUGGAUUCAAUUGGGACAAAUUUUAGUCAUGGUGCUAAUUUUGCAACAGGAGGUUCAUCUAUCAGACCAGGAGGGUAUAGUCCAUUCCACCUGGGCAUCCAAAUCUCACAUUUCAUUCAAUUCAAGUCUCGCACCACUGCCCUCUACAAGCAAUUAUCCAACAAUGGGAAAAAGAAGAUUCCACCAUGUAAAAGCAGUCUUCCAAUGCCAGAGGACUUUGUAAAGGCUAUAUACACAUUUGACAUUGGCCAGAAUGAUCUUGCCUAUUGUUUUCAAACUACCACUGAAGAACAAACCAAUGCAUCAAUUCCCGAUGUCCUAAACCAGUUCUCCCAAGCAAUUCAUCAACUACACUAUGAAGGGGCAAGGGUGUUCUGGGUACAUAACACUGGGCCAAUCGGUUGUCUGCCUUACAGUGUCAUCUAUUACUCACCAAAGCUUGGAAACUUGGACCAAAAUGGGUGUGUGAAGCCUUAUAAUGAGGUGGCUGAGGAGUUUAACAAGCAGCUAAAGGACAGGAUCUCCCAGCUAAGGGCACAACUAUCAAAUGCCACAUUUACAUAUGUAGAUGUGUAUUCAGCUAAAUAUGCCCUCAUAAGCAAUGCAAAGAAUCUAGGUUUUGAAGAUCCAAUGAAAUUUUGUUGUGGGAGUUACUAUGGUUAUCAUGUAAAUUGUGGAAACACAGCAAUUGUGAAUGGCACAAUCUAUGGGAAACCUUGUAAUGAUCCAUCAAAACACAUUAGCUGGGAUGGGAUACACUACUCUCAAGCUUCAAACUUGUUUCUUUCAAAGCUCAUUGUCAAUGGCUCCUUCUCUGACCCUCCCAGAUCUCUUGCAGAUGCUUGUCAUAAUACACUCCCACGAAACACAUAAUCAUCAUGAUAUACAAUUGUAAUGGAUAUUCAAAUAUCAUAACAAGAAUGCUUCUGCAAUUUAAGUAUACUAAUUUUAAAUAGCAAUAA